CUUAAUAUGCCUGAUCAGCUUAAUUAACACUACGGUCACGUUGCUGUUUUGACGCGGAGACGCAUUUCCACUUUACAUUUGUUAUACUUUGCGGUAUUACAUUCACGCUUCUCUGAUAAUGCGAGACUACGUUUCUGUGAACACGAGAAUGCUGACGUGCAAAAUUAUUUUCAUCUACGUCUUUGCACUCAUUGCAACAGACGCCGCUGCCAUUCAAGAUUCAUGUUCGAACGAAAAGGAGAUAAAUUAUCGGCUACCUAAUCAUAUAAAACCAUUACACUAUGAUCUUGAGUUAAACCCACAUCUCACACCUGACAACUUUACGUUUGAUGGUGAAGUACACAUUCAUAUCGAUAUUCUGAACCAGACGAGUACUCUCACACUGCACAUGAAGAAAUUGAUAAUAGACGAAAGUGCGACUUUUUUGAGAACAAGUGAUUCCGACUUUUAUCUACUACGUACUACCUAUUAUGCUCCUAUCACGCACGACAGUAACAAUCUGACCGAAAUGUUGAUCCUUGAUUUUGGAGAAGAACUGCCUGUUGGACGGUAUAUUUUAUAUCUAAAAUUUACUGGUGUACUGUACGACAGAUCAUACGGAUUCUACAGAAAUUCUUAUAUAAACGACGAAGGAGAUACGGAAUGGUUUGCAGGGACAAAUUUCAUGGCAACUUAUGCACGUACGGCUUUUCCCUGCUGGGACGAACCGGCAUUGAAGACUUCUUUUAAAAUUGCCGUCAAACAUCAUCCCAAUUACACGGCCAUUUCGAACAUGCCCGUUUCUAAGAAGUCGGAAAUCGACGAGAGGGACGGAAAGAUAUGGACACGUUUUGAAGAAUCGCCCAUCAUAUCAACGUACAUAGUCAGCUUCCUAAUCUUCGAUCUUCGUAAUAUAAGGAAUUCCGAUGGAACCAUCAACGUCUGGAGCAGAGGCAACGUAAUUUCCUCGAUGAGUUUCGCCCACGAAGUUGCCCAGAAGGCAGCGAUCGAAUUGAAACGAUACACCAAUAGUUCCGUUCGGCUGGCCAAAAUCGAUCACGUUGCGCUUCCUGACAGAUAUGUUAUUGGAUACAAUAAGGGCAUGGAAAGUUGGGGGCUUAUCACUUACAGGGAAGCCACAAUACUGUACAAUAAAGAUAGUCCAAUCGACACAUUGCAUAAAAUUGCAGAGAAUAUCAUUCAUCAAUCAAGUCAUCAAUGGUUGGGUAAUGUUGUUAGUCCUUCUUGGUGGACUGAUAUAUGGCUGAACGGAGGACUCGCUGAAUAUUUUAAAUACUACAUUAUUGAUAAGAUAUAUAAAGAUUGGCAAGUCACAAACUUUUUAGUUAUGAAAACGCUAAAUUCAAUUCUUUAUAUGGACAGUUUUGAACAUACGCAACCUCUUAAUCUGGAGCCUAAUACUAUUAGAGAAAUGAAUUUAAAACCUUCACAAGGUGAUCAAAAAGCUUUUCUGCUUUUACGGAUGCUAUCACAUUGCCUCUCCGAUGAUGUGUUUCACGUAGGCCUUAUUAGAUAUCUUGAUAAACACAAGUACGGCGUAGCCAAGCCUGAAGAUUUAUGGGACAUUUUGCAAGAUGCAUUUGAUGAAUCGGCGGUGCCUCAGAACAAAUUCAAAGUUCAAGAAGUAAUAGACACCUGGAUAGGACAAAAAGGAUACCCUCUUGUUUCAGUAAUCAAAGAUCAACACACUGGAAAAACAAAAAUUACCCAAGAAUAUUUUCAACCGUACAAAAAAAUGAGUUUACGUAAGAAUGCCAAUAGCACUGCGAAUUCAAGAUGGUGGGUUCCAAUAAAUUUUGCAACUAGCACCAAUCCGGAUUUCUCGUCAACUUUAGCUACGCACUGGUUGUCACCAAAAACUGAAGAGCUUGUAAUUGAUGGUAUUGCCCCACAAGAUUGGAUCAUUGUAAACAUUCAACAAACUGGUUUUUAUCGUGUAAAUUACGAUACAACGAACUGGUUGAAAAUUGCAGACUAUCUGGAUUCUGAGAAUUACACAAAAAUACAUGUAUUAAAUCGCGCAAGGAUAAUUAAUGAUGCAAUUCAUCUCGUAUUUACGAAUAAAUUAGAACCUAGAAUUCUCAUGGAAGUCACAAAAUAUCUGCAACGUGAAACGGAUUAUGUAGUGUGGUACUCAUUAUUUAAAAUUUUAAGAGAUGCAAUCUCGUUUUUUGAUUAUAGUGGAGGAGGUGAAUUGUUUAAGUCAUAUAUAAAUGAGUUGAUGACCGCUGUAGUAAUGACACACCUGCAAGAUUGUAUGCAGAAUCCGAAUGACAAUUAUUUCAAAAAUUUAACAAGAUAUGCAAUUUCUGAUGAUGCAUGCGCCUUAGAUUUUUCUUUUUGCUUAUGGAAAGCACGUAUACAAUUACGUGAUUAUUUAAAAAAUUCAGCGGUACUUGCAAAGAGAACUUCAUUCCAAAGGAAAAGAUGGAUAUUCUGUAAUGGCGUUAAAGAAGCAGAAGAAAAUAUUUGGAACGAACUACUGUAUAUGUAUACGAACAAGUCCGAACCAACUUUAUACUGUCUUGGACAUUCCAAGAAUCAGAGUAUUAUUGCGAAAUUUUUAAACAUGACUAUAUCGGAACAUUCACCAUUCGCAAAAAAUGAUAUUUAUCGUGUUAUUUAUUCCGUAUUAAAUGGAGGUUUUCCAAAUAUCGACGUGGUGAUAAAUUUUGUUAUAUCACACUGGGAUAAGCUUACAACUGUCGUUGAAGACCCGAUGUAUUUGAUACAUGAUGUUAGUUGGAGCGUUGUAUCUAGGAAACAAAUCCAAAAGAUAAAAGAAUUUCUAGGUAAGCUUGGAAUGGAAGUACCACAAAUUAUAAAACUUCGAGAGCAAAAUAUAGAGUUGGCGGAGAUAAUUGUAAACAAAAUUCGUGUGUGGUUAGUAAACAAAAGUUUAAAUAUUACAAUAAAUUGAUAUCUUUAUUAA